AUGGGCAAUUCACAACCGGCAUCAAAUCUUGAUGGCCAGACAACGUAUGAUCGUUCAACGGGUGAACAAAUAGUAAAUUUUAAUUUAUUCUCCGAUGAUGAAUGUAAGGAGAAAACCCAUGAAGAAAUUGAAGCAAGUCAAGUUGAUUAUUUCUCUUCGGAUCAGAGAUUGGAUGAAUUAAAAACAAUUUUGGGAGAAGACAUUGUUAAUAACCAGUUGGAAUACUAUAAGAAUGUUACAAAGGUAACUGAAGAGUGUUUGCCAGUGAUGGCAAUCACCAAAGAUUAUCCAUUUAUGGACGAGUAUAUAGGUCAUUAUUUGGUGGCAUGUUUAAUGAGGAAGAGUGAAAGUUUUGCUAAACAUUCAAAGCCAUUCAAGUGUUUGGAUGAUGGAUAUUUGGAUGAAAUUUUAGAUGUGAAUACUUUAAAGAAAUAUCCAACCAAAAUUCUGAAACAGAAAUUUGAAGAGUUUCAUCAGGAUUUCCAGUAUUGCAUGUCAGUGCCAAAUUCAAAUGAAUAUAGCAGAGUGAUGGAGACUGUAUCUUUGGAAACUGUUUUCAAAGAACCUUAUUCUGCAAUCCUUUCUCAACCAAAUCAAAUAGAAAUUAUCAAGUCUAGAUUUUUACCAAAGCAAACUACUUUGGAAGUCAAGAAAAUUGAGCACGAGCCGAUGGAACCUUAUAUUUAUAACCCAAAAACAGAUACAGAAGAGGAUUUUGAAAGAAAGUUAAUAGCACUUUCACAAACUGAUUUUUUGAAACAAGAUAUUGAGCUUGUGAAGGAGUGUUAUCAAAAGGAGCAAGAAUCGACAAGUGCCGAUUGUUUUGGGAAAUACAAUUCUCUUUUGAGUAUUUCUGAACUCGUUCUUUGCAAGAAGGAAAUUCUCACACAAUCACCACAAUUAACAUUUCCAAAUAUUGAAGACUCAGCACUUUUGGAUUUUAAAAAAGAUGGAUCUUGUUCAGGAGUUCUUUUGAAAAAUCAUAUUGAAAAACUAUUUCCAAAUAUGCCAAAAUUUCACUAUCUAUACUUUUAUAACAAAGAUAAUAAUUAA